UAGUACCCUUAUUUAUAAGAAUUAAAAAUUUUUGUAUACUUAAAUAACAAAAAUAAAGAACAAAAUAAGUAACCAUUACUUCACUUUUCUUGUGUGUUAUUCACCAACUUCAAUUUUCCAGAUCUUAUUAUUUAGUUUUAGAGAAUCCAAAGACCUGCCACUUCCUUUUUCGCUCUCUCUCAUUCUCUGCAUUAUUCACCUUCCAUUCCAACUCCAAUUUUCCAAAUUUUAUUUUCCAAAAUCUAAUAGUGUAUUUUCCAAAGUUAAUUCCCAAAAUCAAACAGAAAAUUAGAUCCCACUACAUUACAAAUAACCACAAUGCCAACAACAUUUUUCACAUCAUCACCCCAGAAAAACUCCGCCAAUAACCCGCCAAUAGUCCACGUCCUUCCUCUUCUCAAUAUGUCCUCCAUCCUCCUCCUAUCCAUUCUCUCUCUCUCCCUUCUCUUUUCCCUUUCCUCCUCCGCCGCCCGCCGAUCCCCCCAGCCUCCUCAUAAGGCCUCUGUCUCCUCCGCAUCCUCCUCUGCGAUUCAUCAAGCAUGCAUGUCCACUCGCUUUCCCGAACUAUGCGAAUCCUGCAUCGCACGAUCACCUUCCCUCCCUCCCAACCCAACCCCAAUCCAGAUGAUCAAUUCUGCCAUUGGGGUUUCUACCCAGAACCUGAAAACCGCUCAGGGCAUGGUGAAAUCCAUCCUGGACGCUUCAUCGGGAAACCAUAACCGUUCAACAGCGGCAAAGAUGUGCUUGGAGGUCCUUUCCUACUCGUUUCGCCGAACUGAAUUGGCGGUUGAUGCGUUGACACAUGGCAAGAUCAAGGAUGCACGUGCAUGGAUGACCGCGGCCCAUGGGUACCACUUCGAGUGCUGGAGCGUGCUCAAGUACACGAACGACACGAGCCUCGUAGACAAAACAAUGGCGUUUUUGAACACCUUGAUUGUGUACAGCAGUAAUGCGUUGAGCAUGAUGAUGGCGUAUGAUUAUUUCGGGGACAACAUGGGCUCGUGGGCUCCACCCAAAACAGAGCGAGACGGAUUUUAUGGGGGAAGCAGAUCAGCCAGGAAAGGCGGAUUGGGGUUUAAAGGGGGAUUUCCGUCAAAUUUAAAGGUGAAUGUUACGGUGUGCAAAGACGGGAAGGUGGGGUGUUACACGACGGUGCAAGCAGCCGUUAACGCCGCGCCGGAUAACGAAAUGGGACGUCGGUUUGUGAUUCAUAUAAAAGAAGGGGUUUAUGAGGAGACAGUUAGAGUUCCGUUUGAGAAAAAGAAUGUGGUGUUUUCGGGAGAUGGCAUGGGCAGAACGGUCAUUACAGGGUCUUUAAAUGUGGGGCAGCCCGGGAUGACAACCUACAAUUCAGCCACGGUUGGAGUUAUUGGAGAUGGGUUUAUGGCGAGUGGCCUAACGAUCCAGAACACGGCAGGUCCGGAUACCCACCAGGCAGUAGCUUUUAGAUCAGAUAGUGAUCUCUCUAUCAUUGAGAAUUGUGAAUUCAUUGGCAAUCAAGAUACUCUGUAUGCUCGCUCACUCCGCCAAUUCUACAAAAAAUGUCGUAUUCAGGGGAAUGUGGACUUCAUUUUUGGAAAUUCUGCUGCAAUAUUCCAAGAUUGUGAGAUUUUAGUUGCUCCUCGACAAGUGAACCCCGAAGAGGGUGAGAACAAUGCCAUUACUGCUAAUGGCAGGAUAGACCCUGCCCAAACAACGGGUUUUGUUUUUCAGAAUUGUUUGGUCAAUGGCACUGAGGAUUACAUGAAAUAUUAUUACAGCAAGCCUCAAGCACACAAGAAUUUCUUGGGAAGACCUUGGAAGGAGUACUCAAGAACAGUUUUCAUUCAGUGUACCUUUGAGGAACUCAUUCAUCCUGAUGGGUGGAUGCCAUGGAGUGGUGACUUCGCAUUGAAAACACUUUUCUAUGGAGAAUAUCAGAAUUCUGGACCAGGAUCUGAUGUAUCUAAGAGGGUGCAAUGGAGUUCCCAGAUUUCGGCUGAUCAUGUUUUCCUGUACUCGGUCCGAAAUUUCAUUCAAGGAAAUGAGUGGAUUCCAACAUCCUCAUUAAAAUAUCAAAAACAUAAGUUCUUAGGAGUUUAGAUCAAAUUAGGAUCUAAAGUUGCGCUGAGUGCUCAUCUUCUCUUUCUAUAUUAUAAAAAAUGUUAAAUUCU